UCCAACCAGCUACAGCAUACCAGCAUUCGCAAUCCGCAGUCCUCAAGCUGGUCAGACCCAUGCAAAGUGCGGAACUACACCAUGAUUCUCAGCGGACUCGAAGUCGUUACCCGCCAGUUGGUGCGCAACCUACGGCACGUUCCCCAGCAACGACAACCCUGCGGAGUCGACCUUACUCUACGCCAGGUCUCCAAAUGGGCCUCCGCGGCAGCCAUUGACUUCGACAAUACCAAGCGUCAAGCAGCCCAAACAUCUCGCCUGCCCUUCGACACCACCAGCCACGCGAUCACACUACAGCCAGGCGCCUACUUAGUCGACUUCAACGAAACCGUCCACGUCCCGCGGAAUUGCAUGGGAAGCGUAUUUCCCCGAUCGUCGCUCUGGCGGUCUGGCAUGGGGAUCGCGGCCGGCGUGGUCGACGCUGGAUAUGAGGGUGCGAUGGGGGCUUUACUGGAGGUCAAGAACCCCCAUGGAGUGGUGCUUUACCGAAAUGCCAAGCUCGCCCAGAUUGUCUUCGAGGAACUGGGGGAAAAGGUCGAGGGGUAUCAGGGGAUCUACCAGUCUUCGAUGAGCAGCGUGGGGCGCGAUGGGACAAAAGACUGAGUGAAGAUGAAAGGAACAAACAAAGUGUCGGACGAGGUCGGAUGAUUCGUUGAUUGGGAAAUCAUAGAGUCAGGUGCGCGGUGACUUAAGUUUUGAGAUCUUUGUGUUCUUCGUGAUCUAUGCAUAUCCCACAAAGGGAACAGAGGUAGUCAAUGACUCCUCGUGGCAGAUCAAUUUUACUUUGGUUUUUGCUUCGU